AUGCCGUGUCCCUCCAACUCCUUUCCAAACCCAUCGUGCCCCAGUUUCUGUUCCGAGCUGAAACGUUGGCUGUUCUUCUUUGGAUCUCCCACUCUGCUAGGCCCUAAACAUCUCCUCUUGUGUAACAGGCAUCCCUUAUUCCCGCUGCUGGCCCUGGUCUUUGAAAAAUGUGAGCUGGCAACCUGUUCUCCCAGGGACACUUCUGGCUCCUACCCGGGAGGAGACGUCUGCUCGUCGGAUUCCUUCAACGAAGACAUUGCCGUCUUUGCCAAACAGGUUAGGACAGAAAAACCUUUAUUUUCUUCCAAUCCUGAGCUGGAUAACUUGAUGAUCCAAGCCAUUCAGGUUCUGAGAUUCCACCUUCUGGAAUUAGAAAAGGUACAUGACCUCUGUGACAAUUUCUGCCACCGCUACAUCACUUGCCUGAAGGGGAAGAUGCCCAUCGACUUGGUCAUCGACGACAGAGACGGGGGCUCGAAAUCCGAUCUUGAAGAUUUUGGCGGCUCCUGCGCCAGCCUCUCCGAUCAGAACAACUCUUGGAUCCGGGAUCACGAUGAGACGGGAUCCAACGCACUCUGGGACCGCCGGGACCUUCCAGCGGUGGGAUCGCGUCGGCAGAAGCGGCGAAUAACUCCCAGGACAAGAGCUGAAAAUCCCGACGACGACGACCCUGUAAGGUAG